CUGCAAUUCAGCAGGGUCGCGGGCGAAGGAGAGACUCCGCGUCACAGGUUCAUCAAAGGGCCUCGCCACCUGCUGCAGAGAGUACAAAGGCCGCUUGACCUUUCGACUUCCCCAGAGAAAGUCACUUGCACAUCGAAGAAGAGUGCAACCAUGUCGUUCUUGGGUGAUAAGAAGCGACAAGCCUCUUAUGGCUCAGACUCGGAUACUGCCGUCGACGAGGACGAGUCUUACGUUCAGACGACACUGGCAAAGGAGAAGCCCUUGCCACCUAUCACAUGGCAGAAUUGGUACAAGGAGAUCAAUGUCAUCUCGACUUUGGCCUUGACCGUCGUGCCUAUGAUCGCAAUCUAUGGCUGCUUCACCACCAAGCUGACCUGGCAAACUGCGCUUUGGUCCUUGGCGUACUAUCAGUGGACCGGCUUGGGCAUCACUGCAGGCUACCAUCGCUUGUGGGCGCACCGAUCGUACAAUGCGUCAAAGCCUCUGCAAUAUUUCCUUGCCUUUGGUGGCUCAGGUGCAGUUGAAGGUUCCAUUCGCUGGUGGGCUCGCGGACAUCGCGCACACCACAGAUAUACGGACACCGAUCUCGACCCAUACUCGGCCCACAAGGGCCUGCUAUACUCCCAUCUGCUGUGGAUGAUCGUCAAGCCCCGCCGCAAGCCCGGUGUCGCAGACGUCUCAGAUCUAUCGCGUAACGAGGUCGUGCUCUUCCAGCACCGCUACUACGUGCCCAUGCUCGUCUUCAUGGGCUUCGUCUUCCCCACUCUCGUUGCUGGCUUCGGCUGGGGUGACUGGAGGGGCGGCUACUUCUAUGCUGGCGCCUUCCGUCUGCUCGUCGUACACCAUUCGACCUUCUGUGUCAACUCAAUUGCACACUACCUCGGCGAAGCACCGUUCGAUGACAAGCACACCCCGCGUGACCACGUCAUCACCGCGCUAUUGACAAACGGCGAAGGCUACCAUAACUUCCACCAUCAGUAUCCUUCGGAUUACAGGAAUGCCAUCAAGUGGCACCAGUAUGACCCUACAAAGUGGUUCAUCUGGUCGAUGAAGCAGCUCGGUCUCGCUUCUGAGCUCAAGACAUUCAGCUCCAACUCGAUCGCUGCCGGUCAGUACCACAUGAAGCUAAAAGAGCUUGCUGCGGAAAAGAGCAAGAUCGUAUGGCCUCGCAACUCUGAUGACCUGCCCGUGCUCGACUGGGACGAGUUCCAAGAUCAGCACAAGAACUCUGGCCGAAAGUUGAUCGCUGUCGGUGGCUACAUCCACGAUGUCGGCUCUUUCAUGAAGGAACAUCCCGGAGGUUACGCCAUCAUCCGACACAGACUGGGCAAGGAUGCAACUGUCGCUUUCAAUGGCGGAACAUACCUACACUCCAACGCCGCACACAACCUGUUGGCCAUGUACAGAGUCGGCGUGCUGCGUAACGGCGGCCGUGUAGAGGCUCUGCUGCGAGACCCACCCAAGGGCCUCGGCAUCCAAGCCGAGACGCCUUUCGUACAUGUGAUCCCCGAGCACAUGACAGGCAACAUCCAACAUCUCGAGAUCAAUAAGACAGACGACCUAGCGCCACUUGUUCCUGCGACAGCAUGAGCAGCUGGCUGCAACCCUCUUUGACGCUUAUAUCCAGUCAAGUCAGGCAACGUGCACGAGCUGGUGCUGUGCAAUGCCUUGCGCGCGAGAUGUCAGAACGACGCAUCGCGCACCCACCCUGUAUUAGACAUUGUGCGAAUUGCAACAUCAU